CGAUAUAAGGUUCAAUACACGAUGACAAGAGUCUAUUCGGUCUGGCUUUGUGUGCUUUUGUCUUGAACGAAGGCAGGGUGAGGCAGAGGUGGUAGAGAAGCCGAAGAUUUCGGGUAUCUUCUUUUUCAUCGAAGACUAUAGAGAAAGAAGGAUGGAGGGAAAGGGACGAAGACACGGCGAUGAAUCGAUACGACGGUAUAAUUAUCGUAUCUAUCUACGAUUAACCGGUUAAAAGGGAUUUGAUAUAACGGGCUGAGGAGAUUGCGUUGUGUGUGUGUGGGUAUUACAAUGAAACGAAAUGGAAAAAAAAAGUCGUCUUGUGGAUGAUACGGAGGAGAGCGCGCGAGAAGAGCAAGAAUGGUUCGCGAUGGAACUAACAACACAACCGGUCCAGUCUGUGAUGACGUCCUUGCGGAGCGUACUGUGGCCUAGCUGACCUCCCGCUGUAAACAAGACGACGACGGCGUGAGGUAGAUUUACCAUUCGGCAUUCGGCUCGACGCUCGACGCAGAGCUCAUGUUAGUCGAAUAGUAGAUCGCUCGAUGGUGGCACGUUCGAUGUUGUGUAUCGUGUUGUUGCCGACGACGAGUUUGUUGUUCAACGAGUGCCCAGUGUUGUGUUGUGUGUGAAGUGUUGUUUAUGUGUCGCGUUAUUCGCGCAGCAAAUUUAUCGCGAGCUCGCAGCGUGCUAUAUUUUGGUGAAAUUCAAUCGCGAAGUUAUAAAAAUUUUGAGGGGCAAAAUUUCGGCCAAAUGACGUAAUUGGUUCGAUUAGUUGACGUGUAUCUAUAUCGGGUUUUAUCGUGAUGAAAAUUGGCAAUUUUUCGGGAAAUUUUAUCUCACAUGCGUUUCGUUGGUUGUGAACGGUGCAAGUGUCGAGAUAGAAGAGUAUAUUCUUCGUUAUAGUGGUUGCUGAAAAUACGACGAUGCAUUCUACAGCGCGAUGAAAUCGUUAACUUUGGACAGCCUGCGCCGGCUCAUCGGCAGGCAUCGCAAGAAAGACAAACACGAGUCGUCGUUCAAACGUAGCGAAUCGUUCAAACGUAUCUCCAUCAAGAAGAACUACCUGGACAGGGGUGGAAAAUGUCGAAAUCCGGCAGCCGGAGCGAAAUUUGCUCAAAAGAAGAACGCCACCGUCAUCUGCGAGACACCGGAGAUAGAUCCUGCCUCACCAACCAGCUCGGUCAUCAAGGAAUCUGCUAAAUCGAGCGAAUCCCCACCGGUGGCCGCUUCGGGCGAAUCGUUGAUCAUCGAUUACGGCGAAUGGAUUCGAUGUAUUCAGCAAGAAGACGUAGAUACGACGAAAAAAGGAUCCGAGUCUUCGCUGGAGGUGACGAAAUUAGACAGGUCGCCGAUUUUGACCCCCAAACGAUUCCCAUUGUCGAGUAAAGGAUCGUCUAGCGAACUCGACGACGGUAGCAGGACCGAUUCGGCGAUUAGCGUUAGUUUGGGCAGGAUCUGGAUGGAUGCACCUUUGGCCAUGACGAAUUCACCCCGAAGUCUCGAACUACCCAGACCGGUAUCGGUCGUCGAGCUCAAUCCGAACGGCCAGCGAGCUCAUCAUUCUUUAGACAGCGCUUUGAAGGAUAAAAAAGACGACGUUCCGGCGUUCCGAGGAGCGACAUCGGCGUACCGAGCAGGAUUAUCGGGCAAAAUACCCUAUAACAGGACAUCUUCCGAAUUGCUCAGCUCGAGUAAAGAUUCCGGGUUCUCGUUUUCCAUCUCGAUACCAAGACUGUCGCCGGUUCUAUCUCAAGGUCAUGGCUUUUUCCGCAAGAAGAAACCGGUCAAAAGUUCGAAAAAGUAUAGCUCCGGCGCAUCAGAAUGUCGCCGAACACCCUCUUCGUGCGGAUCCGGCGGCGGCGGCGCUAAAAACGUUCGAACUCGUAGAACCAGGCAGCAGGGCUCGUCGAGAAACGAUUCGGAUUUGUAUCAGGUGGUGAUAAAUCGACCUCCUAGAUCGUUAGACGCGUUAAAAUUAGAUCCGAUUAUUUUCGUACCACCCGAGAAACGUAAAUCUACCAUUAAAAAGGUGUACGAAGUACGAGAGAUCAGAGACUACUGCACGCCGUGCGAUGCUCAAUUGCUGCUCGAAGACGAAAGCGAUAAUCUGGAAGAAUUAUACGAAGUGAUCUCCGAUGAACGCGAAGCACCCCCGUAUACGAGUAGAACGACCAACAGCACUACUGAUUUGUGGACAUCCGAAGAUGAAGAUGUGGACAUGUUACCAGGCAUUUCGCCAGCCCAGCAGGCCAACUAUUCUCCUAAUCUGAAACGACGUCCGGUAGCGAGGAAGAAAUCGUCGCGAAGAAAUAUCAGAUACGUCGCCAAACCAAUACAUCGUGCUCCGUCCACGUUAAAACGUAAUAGACGUAUAGUGAAGAAAACCAAUGGCGACAUCACGCAGAAAGGAUAUGAAAAGAAACGUGGCAGAUUACUCGCACCUUAUGUACCAAAGGAACCUACUCAAGCUUCGGCUCCUUCGAGUGGUAACCGUCACUCGUCCAGUAGCCAGCAUCAUUCGUCGCAGCAAAGCUCCUCGUCUCAUUCGCACCAAUCCCAUCAUUCUCAGCAACAAUACCAUCAUCAUCAGCAACAGCAACAACAACAACAACAACAACAGCAUCAUCAACAGCAACAGCAGCAACAACAACAGUCUCAACAAUACGAGCAAAAAUCGCGUAGAAAUCAAAGACGUUUGACGCAUAAUGAGAAACGUUAUCAUUCAGAAGUGAGACAAGAAGCGGUCCAGCAAGCGUUGGCCGCGAUGCAGAAUCAACCAAAGCCAUCUCUUCCGAUGCCAUCGAAAAGGACCUCAGUUAUGGCCAGAAGUCCGGAUCGUGCCAGACAUGGAAGUGCUUCUAGUUCAGACGACGAGAGCGUCGGCGACAACAGUACGCCGGAACGCGAUCGGAUGCGAGCCAUUUCCCAUACGCCAUCACAGUCAGAUACCAGCAGUACCGGUUCGUCGAGAGAUAACCAUCGGCAACAGAAUCAAAGGCAACAGAUGAGGUUACCAAAUGGCGGCCCUAAUCGAACAGGUUGGCAAAACGACGAACAGCCACCACGAAUACAAGAACGAGUCAAAGACGAAGAUUUACCAUUACCACUGCCACCUAGAAAUGUAAUUAAACACGACGUCACAGACGCUCCUAAUGACGUUUCGUCCACCAAUUCCAGACCACCUAUGCAACCGCCUGAUGUUACUCACAAUACGUAUUCUAUAUUACCUAGAAGAUCAGCACCGGCCGAUCGGGUUAAUCGUUUUAGUCAAUCGAGAUGCUCGUCCGACGAUGGCACUGGUACUGGAAGAUGGAAAGUAUCUGCUAAAAUUCAACAAUUGCUGAACACAUUGAAGCGUCCGAAACGACGCCCGUUACCGGAAUUCUACGAAGACGACGAUAUCGAACUGGAGAUCGCGGCUAAUCCGAAAGAUCCUCACGCUCCGCAUCCGGAAGGAGGCACCAUGACUCCGGCUGUCGGAGAACCGCUCAUUGUACCUUCGGGAUUACCUCGUAAUUUGGAAGCUGCCAUACAAAGAUACGGUUCGGCAACUUUCAAAGCUCCAGUCGGCACCGUUCUCGAUCCAAAUGGAAAGCUGAGCUUUACCUUAACUUAUGGUAAAUUACUCAGUAGAUCUCAUAAAGUAGCUUACAUGUUGCUCAAUAAAUCGUGGGGAGGUAAAGGAGGCGAAUCGUGCCUAAAAAGUGGCGAUCGAGUUGCUCUAGUCUAUCCGAAUAGUGAUCCGAUUAACUUUUUGUGCGCCUUUUACGGUUGCAUGUUCGCUGGAAUUGUACCAGUUCCUAUCGAAGUACCGUUGACCCGAAGAGAUGCCGGAUCUCAGCAAAUAGGUUUUUUACUCGGUAGCUGCAGCGUUUCAGUUGCGUUGACUAGUGAAGCCUGCUUGAAAGGAUUACCCAAGACUACAACCGGCGAGGUGAUCUCGUUUAAAGGAUGGCCCAAGUUAACCUGGGUCGUAACCGAGCACCUACCUAGACCUCCUAAAGACUGGUCACCGAUGCCGAAGCUGACUGAUGAUACUCCGGCCUACAUCGAAUAUUCGACCGAUAAAGAUGGCUCAGUGAUGGGAGUGACGAUUACAAGAACAUCUAUGCUGACGCAUUGUCGAGCCAUAACUCAAGCCUGUAACUAUACCGAAGGUGAGAACAUGGUUUGUGUUUUGGAUUUCAAAAGAGAAACCGGCAUGUGGCACAGCAUCUUGGCCAGCGUACUGAACGGAAUGCACGUUAUAUUCAUACCGUACGCUUUGAUGAAAGUGAACCCAGCUUCGUGGAUGCAGAUGAUUACCAAGCAUAAAGCUACCGUUGCCGUGGUCAAGUCACGCGAUCUGCAUUGGGGACUAUUGGCCACCAAAGAUCAUAAAGAUAUUACGCUGUCGUCGCUGCGAUUGCUGCUGAUCGGAGAUGGAGCUAAUCCGUGGUCGUUGUCGUCUUGUGAUCAAUUUCUUAGCGUGUUUCAACCCAAAGGUCUUCGACCGGAUGCGGUAUGCCCGUGCGCGUCGUCCAGCGAGUGCCUGACUGUUUCGAUUCGCAGACCUGGCAGAGCCGGAGUAAACGCUACCGGAAGAGGAAUACUUUCCAUGUCUGGACUGAGCUACGGUGUUGUACGAGUCGAUCAGGAGAAUUCAUUAACUUCAUUAACGUUACAAGACUGCGGUCAAGUGAUGCCUGGUUGUGUAAUGGUUGUUGUGAAACUGGAAGGACCAACGUAUUUAUGUAAGACAGACGAAGUGGGAGAGAUUUGCAUUAGUUCAGGAGGAACUGCUAGUCAAUAUUGGGGAUUACCCGGAUUUAGUAAUACUACGUUUAAAGUAACGCCUUUGCUGGCCGAUGGCAAACCUUUGAGCGAUACAGAUUUCACGAGAUCCGGAUUAUUAGGAUUUUUAGGACCGGGAGGUUUGGUGUUCGUUUGCGGUUCUCGCGACGGUUUGAUGACGGUGACUGGACGUAAACAUAAUGCCGACGACAUAAUCGCGACUGUAUUGGCUGUGGAACCUAUGAAAUUCAUUUAUAGAGGUCGCAUAGCUGUAUUUAGCAUUCGAGUUCUGCGCGACGAACGUAUCUGCGUGAUUGCCGAACAGAGACCAGAAUGCAGCGAAGAAGAGAGUUUCCAAUGGAUGUCCAGAGUCUUACAGGCGGUUGAUUCGAUACAUCAAGUCGGUCUAUACUGUUUGGCUUUAGUACCACCGAAUUACCUGCCGAAAACACCUUUGGGAGGAAUCCAUCUAUCGGAAUGCAAGCGUCGAUUCAUGGAAGGCAAUCUGCAUCCAGCCAACGUACUUCUAUGUCCUCACACGUGUGUUACGAACUUACCGAAACCGCGGGAGAUACAUUCGGCCGUUAAAUCUGUUCCAGAUGUGGGACCUGCUUCGGUAAUGGUUGGCAACAUCGUGCAAGGAAAUAGACUCGCGUCAGCUCAAGGCAGAGAUGUCAGAUUAGCCGAUGACGAAGCUGAUACGCCCAAGAAAUUUAUCGCCGAGAUACUCAAAUGGAGAGCUCAGAGUACAGCAGAUCAUGUAAUAUUUACGUUACUGAAUGCUAAAGGCGCCGCUUCUGCUACGCUUACGUGCUCGCAGCUGCAUAAGAAAGCGGAGAGGAUCGGAUCGUUGUUGCAAGAAAGAGCCAAGGUUAAUACCGGCGACCACGUCGCUUUGAUAUUUCCUCCCGGUAUCGAUCUUAUAUGCGCUUUUUACGGCUGUUUAUAUGUUGGAGCUGUACCAGUAACGAUUCGACCACCUCAUCCGCAAAAUUUACAAACUACGUUACCAACCGUUCGCAUGAUUGUGGACGUCAGCAAAUCUGUUCUAGUCUUAUCUAACCAAAAUGUCAUUAAAUUGCUCAAAUCGAAGGAAGCCAGCGGUGUUGUAGAUAUUAAAUCGUGGCCAAUUACCCUUGAUACAGACGAUAUGCCCAAGAAGAAACUUUCCUCUUUGUAUAGAGCUCCGACAGCGGAGAUGUUAGCAUAUCUUGAUUUCAGUGUUUCAACGACUGGCAUGUUGGCUGGUAUCAAAAUGUCGCAUACGGCUCUAACUUCGCUCUGUAGAUCGAUGAAGUUGGCCUGUGAGUUGUACCCCUCACGUCAUAUCGCCCUCUGCCUCGAUCCAUAUUGUGGAUUAGGGUUCGCAUUGUGGUGUUUAAGCAGCGUGUAUUCUGGUCAUCAUUCGAUUCUCAUUCCUCCUUCGGAAGUCGAAGUGAACCCAGCACUAUGGUUAUCCGCUGUCAGUCAGUAUCGAGUCAGAGAUACAUUCUGUUCUUACGGUGUCAUGGAACUUUGCACCAAAGGUCUAGGAUCAUCUGUGAAUCAAUUGAAACAACGAGGAGUUAGUUUAAGCUGCGUUCGAACUUGCGUAGUCGUCGCCGAAGAACGACCUCGUAUCACGUUAACGACCAGUUUCUCGAAAUUAUUCUCAGCAUUGGGGCUGAGCCCUCGAGCAGUAUCCACCAGUUUCGGAUGCAGAGUCAAUAUCGCAAUUUGCUUACAGGGUGCAUCAAGUCCUGAACCCUCAAGCGUUUAUGUUGAUCUACGUGCUUUACGAAAUGACCGUGUUUCGUUAGUCGAACGUGGCAGUCCGCACUCGCUCUGCUUACUCGAAUCCGGUAAACUGCUACCCGGCGUUAAAGUAAUCAUCGCCAAUCCAGAAACCAAAGGCCAAUGUGGAGAUUCUCAUUUAGGAGAGAUUUGGGUCCAAUCGCCUCACAGCGCUAGCGGGUAUUUCAGUAUUUACGGCGAAGAUAGCGAAUACAACGAACAAUUCAGCGCACGUUUGGUUACCGGUAAUACGAACGAGGUCUAUGCUCGGACCGGAUAUCUAGGAUUCCUCAGAAGAACCGAAUCAAUAUCGUCGAACCAACCUGCUCUCAUUUCGGAAGCUACUGAUGUCUCUAGUAUCAGCGAAUUAUCUAUCGGAUCUAAUAGCUCUUUUGAAUCUUCUGACUUACACGAUGCAGUAUUCGUAGUCGGUGCCCUAGACGAGACGAUUAUGCUACGUGGAAUGCGAUACCAUCCGAUCGACAUCGAAAACAGCGUCAUGAGAUCACAUAAGAAAAUCGCCGAAUGCGCUGUAUUCACCUGGACCAAUUUACUAGUCGUGGUCGCCGAACUGGAUGGCAACGAAAGCGAAGCUUUAGACUUGGUGCCAUUAAUUACAAACGCUGUCUUGGAAGAGCAUCAUCUGAUCGUUGGCGUUGCUGUCAUCGUCGAUCCUGGAGUCGUACCUAUUAACUCGAGAGGUGAAAAACAACGCAUGCAUUUACGCGACGGUUUCCUGGCCGAUCAACUGGAUCCGAUUUACGUAGCUUAUAACAUGUAAAUUACCUAUUAAUGAACGACGACGAUUGAUCUUUUCAUUCGAGUAUAUCUUUGUCCCCUUCCCUCAUUCCGUGGAAAUAUUUCGUGAGGCAUUGCUUUUUAGCUUAUACAUUUUAUACCGUGUUCGAUAUAGACGCACUGUUCUCCUUACGCUUAGCUAUUUUUUUCUCUUCCUUAUCCUCUUAUACUAUUAAUUUAAUAAUAAUGUAAUUAACGUGCAAUAUUUUAUCAAGGUUCGUUUCAGAACGUUUACCACUUCGAAAGGUAUGGAUUAUAGUGAUAGGUUGUUUUAUUAUGUAUUUAGCCUUUAAAAAAACAAAAAAAAAAUUAAAGACUCUAUUAUCGUUAAUAGUAUAACCAAGUAGUUAAUUUGAUAUCCUGCCUGAUAGUGUAAUAUAAUAAACGAAAAAAAAAGAAUUAUUAUACUUAACAUCGACAUUAUUUUUAACAUUUUUUGUUUUUAUGUUUUUGUUUUUUUUCUCCCAAUUUGUUUUUUUUUUGCUGCGUAUUUUUAUUAUUAUUUUUUUCUAAAAAAAAAUAUGUUUAUUUGUAUGUACAAAAAUAUUUACCUACCUAUUUCUAUAUAGGUAAAAUUUGUAAAUAGGAAAAAAAUUACCGCUUUAUUUUUACGAGUAAUUUUUUUUCGUUUUCAUUUUUAGAAUAUUGUAAUUUUUUGUAUUAUUUUGAUUUAUAUGUAUUUUAGUAUAUAUAUGAUAUAAAUAGCCUCGUGUAUUUAAUUUACGUUUUAACUGUCUUUCCAAGUUUAUAGUGGCUAGAGCGUUUAUCUUUUUAUUAUUUUUUUUUCGUUUUUAUUUCGAUGUAAUUUUUUUUCUUCUGAUUUUUUUUACCGCUAUAGAAUCGAUGUAUUUUGUUACUGUAAUAGUGCCAUGUGAAGAUUUUUUUUAAAAGUUUUUUUUUUAUUAUUAUUUUGUAUUAUUGAGUCAUACAAGACACGUUAUCUCGAUUCUCGAAUCACGAUAUUUUUGUAACGUGAGUAUAUUGUUUACGCGUGAGAAACAUGGUUCUUUUAUGUUUUUGUAAUUUAUAUCAUUCUUUAGUGUAGCUUUGAUCUUGAUUGUGGAAAUUUUGACGAAUCAAAUAAAUUUUCAAUGGUU